AUGUACGCGUAUAUCAUUCUGCGUAUACAUGCAAGUAUGCGCGCACGUGUACUGACGCGUGUCCGGGCCGUGUGCGCGAUAACAUGCCCUGGUGUGAUGCUCUUGAAGUAUACUAUUGAGAAUACAAUGGCCCACUUGAGGACAGAUAAAGAACAAGCCAAAAAGCCAUCAAAUCAGACUGACUGCUCUACGCUCAAAGCUCUAAGCUCUACGCCAAACUCUAAGCUCUACUUGCAUCUUGCUCGCCCGUCGGACACGUUGGUUCUCAUCCCAUCAAACACGAAGCUCAUGUCGUGGUUUUAUGGGGACAUUGCUGGUUUUAUUGCCGUGGGAUUAAUUGAUGAAGGGGAAGGUCGUGCGUCCAACUUGUUAGUGGGUAUUAACUCUUUUAUAAGUCUCUGCAGGGCAGUUGUGGGGAGUCUGAGCCGCUGUCUGUGGCGCGAGGACUUCUGGCUUCCCGAGGGCUUGGCGUGGGACGACCUCCGCUCCACCGACCACCUCCAUUACCCGGACCCGUUCGACAUCUGGUUCUAUCCGCUCGUUCUCGGCGGCGUCUAUUUCCUCUUCUGCAGCUGGAUCGUGGAGCCUCUCGUUCUCGCUCCCCUGGCGACACUGCUGGGAGUCUCGAACAAGCGAUGCCCAAAACCGCAGCCCAAUGAGACUCUGGAGACCCUCUACCGAAAAUACCACCUGAAAGUGCCACUCAAGGCGCUAAUCAAGUCCUCGGAGACGACGGGUCUAACCGAGCGCCAGAUAGAGAGGUGGCUUCGUCGCAGGUACAAGUCUCAGCGCUUCAACCAGCGGGAUAUGUUCAUCGACUGCGGGAUCAAACUUCUAGGCCACACUUUGUUCGCUGUUUACGGGUACAGCAUCAUGUUCUCGAAGCCUUGGGUGUGGGACAUCACACUCUGCUGGGAGAAAUAUCCAUUCCAUACCUUGCAUAGUGACAUAUGGUGGUAUUACAUCUCCGUCCUCACUGUAUACUGGAAGCUCUUCGUCUCCGAGUUCUUACAGCCUGGAAGGAAACAGGACGACCGGCUGUUCAUGAUCCUCCACCACGCCGUCACAGUCCUCCUCAUGACUUUCUCAUGGACGUGCAACUUCAUAAGAAUAGGAAGCCUGGUGCUGAUGGUCCACGAGAUCGCCGACGUCCCCCUCCUGAUCGCCAAGAUGUGCAGGUACGCGGGGAACGAAGCCGCAGCCAACGCCAUCUUCCCUCUGUUCCUCGUCGUCUGGAUCGUGACUCGCUGCGUCCUGUACCCCUUCUGGAUCAUGCGCAGUGUGUUCUUCGAUGCCACGCGAUACAUGUUCAUGCCCUCGGCCUACGUGUUCAUAUUCCUGCUGACGGGGCUCCUGCUGCUCAAUCUCAUUUGGACGUGGUUGAUCAUGAGCAUCGUUGUCAGGAAGAUUCGGGGAGGAAAGCUGCAAGAUUUCCGGUCAUCUUCUGAGAGUGAAAAUGAAGACGACAAAAAAAGUGUGUAA